AACGAUGCAACUGGACACAGCAGCAGUCCAUCCAUAAUCAGCUCUGUGUGCGCAGCUGUCUCUUCGCGGCGCGUUUCAGUGUUGCGCUAAAAUGGAUAGAUACGGCAAAUCAUCUUUCAAUCGCUUUAGGACGGUAUCUCAGACGUAGGUGACUAUUCUGCUCCUCUUCUGCCUGCUGGAUCAAGCAAAAAGCGGCACAUUGUGCCAGUUCAAAGCCAUGCAUAUAUGGAGCUUAUUUCCUAUGUUGCUGUUCAUCGGUGUAAGUUUUCUCCCAGUGAGUCUUGGUGCUCAUGGGAGGUAUGCUCAAAAGUUGCUGACUGAUUUGUUCGCUAACUACACCAACGCUCUGAGACCAGUGGAGGACACGGACAACAUCAUCAAUGUCACACUGCAGAUCACCCUCUCACAGAUAAUCGACAUGGAUGAGCGUAACCAGAUCCUGACCACGUACCUGUGGAUCCGUCAGGUGUGGACGGACGCCUACCUCACUUGGAAGAAGGAGGACUACGAUGGUCUUGAUACCAUCCGUAUACCUAGUAGUUAUGUAUGGAGGCCUGAUAUUGUCCUAUAUAACAAUGCUGAUGACCAGUUCGCCAGCUCCAUGGAGACCAAUGUGGUGAUCCGUAACGAUGGACAGAUCAUGUGGGACCAGCCGGCCAUCACUAAGAGCUCGUGCUCAGUGGAUGUGUCCUUCUUCCCGUUCGAUGCCCAGCAGUGUCGCCUAACCUUCGGCUCCUGGACACACAAUGGCAACCAGAUGGACCUGGUCAACGCUCUGGACAGUGCUGACCUGGCCGACUUCGUGGCCAAUGUAGAGUGGGAGGUUCUGGGCAUGCCAGCCAAGAAGAACGUGAUCCUGUACGGCUGCUGCUCGGACCCCUACCCAGACAUCACCUACACCCUGCACCUGAAACGCAGGGCCUCCUUCUACAUCUUUAACCUGCUCAUCCCCUGUAUGAUGAUCUCCUUCCUGGCCCCGCUGGGCUUCUACCUGCCAGCUGACUCUGGGGAGAAAGUGUCCCUGGGGGUCACCGUGCUGCUGGCACUGACCGUGUUCCAGCUGCUAGUGGCAGAGAGCAUGCCACCCUCGGAGAACGUACCACUCAUAGGCAAGUACUACAUUGCUACCAUGACGAUGAUCACUGCGUCGACCGCCCUGACCAUCUUCAUCAUGAACAUCCAUCACUGUGGUCCGGAGGCGCGUCCCGUCCCUGAGUGGGCCCGCCGCUUCAUCCUGCACUACCUAGCACGGAUCUGCUUUGUCUAUGAGGUGGGAGAGAACUGCUUCACCGGCAUCCCCAAGAAACGGGCCCCGCCCGAGCUCCCACCUGACCACAAUAUCAACCCCCAAACCAGAAGUACCAACUGGGAUGUGAAUGGGGAGUCCUUGGGAGGGAGGGGUGGAGAGGAAGGGGUUGGGGUGGGUGUAAAAACACAGAAAGAGGAGGGGGAUAGACUGAAUAUGAAAAGAGGCUCAUACCAAACGUUUGAGCCCAGUUGGUGGAAAGACGACCUGUUUGUGAGUAUAGAUACUGUAGAGGAGGAGGAGGGAGCAGCAGGAGGUGAGAAAGAAGGAGGAGGAGAGGCAGAAAGAGGCAAAGGUGGAGGAGGAGAUAGAGGCUGUGUGGGAGGAGGUGUAGAAAGAAGGAAAGGUUCAUUAGGAGGCGCAGAGGCUAGGGUUAGGAGAGAGGUGGUGGUGAGGGCCCAGUGUGUGUGUCAGCAGCAAGCGCUAUGCAGGAACAUCGAGUACAUUGCCAGCUGCUACCACGACCAGCGCUCUACCCAGAGACGUACGGGUGAGUGGAGGAAAGUGGCCAAGGUUAUGGACCGACUCUUCAUGUGGCUCUUCUUCAUCAUGGUCUUCCUCAUGAGCCUCCUCAUCAUGGGCAAGGCUGUCUGAGCACGUGCAGAGAAAAAAGGGAGAAGGCUCCGUCCGGGUACAAGUUACCCUUAGGCACAGAUCUAGGAUCAGAUCAUACCCUUCCCAAAUACUGACCUUAACCAUUAAGGGGGAUCCCAAAAAGACCUUAGCUCAGUUUCUAAUGGCAACUUUAUCCUACUCCGAGGGGCAGUAGCGGCCACCUAAACCAUUCACAAGUUUACCACAGGAGAUACUGUGUAUGUGGAAAUGUGUUUUUGUACCUAGUAUACUAGCUGUUUAUGUUCCAAGGCUGUGAUGAAGAGGAUUAAUUGGAGGAUAAUCUCUUGAUACAGUGGUGGGGAACUUGGCAGUUUCUCUGUAUCGCCACCAUACAUAUGUUUUCUACGUGGAUCUAAAGUAUUUGUAGAGGAGACAGGAACACACUUAAUCUGUGGAAUGGAGCCAAAGCAAAUCUUCUGCCACCCUGAGACUGUUAUCAACACACACACAUGCAAACAAUCAAUUAAAUGUAUAUAUAAAGCCCUGUUUACAUCAGCAUUUGUCACAAAGUGGUCAUACAGAAACCCAGCCUGAGACCCCAAAGGGUAAGCAAUGCAGAUGUAGAAGCACGGUGUCUAGGUAAAACUACCUAGAAAGGCAAGAACCUAGGAAGAAACUGAGAGAGGUACAGUCCUCUUCUUCACACACACACACACACACACACACACACACACACACACACACACACACACACACACACACACACACACACACACAGUCUUGUACAGCUAACCUUGUAGCGACACACAAUUCAGUCCCAUUCUAAAUCCUAUUUUCCUUAAA